AUGACCGAAAAGGGGAAGCACAUUGGCUGGUUCUGGAUACCCGCUGAGCUUUUCGACAUGGAAAAGGCGUACGUGGGCGGGCAUCGAUCCAACUACCUGACGGGCUCGACCGCAAACCUGCUGAAGGACACAGACACCGUCUGUCUAUACUCUAUCUCACUAGAGACAACGCUGGCCAUCUUCUACACCCAGAACAGUCGCUUUUGUUCAGAUUCGUGGCCAGUCCAACGUGACACGGCCAGAGACGAAGACCUAAUCAAUCCUGCACGCCUAAAGCCCAGCAUGCACUCCUUCCAAGACCUCCUAGAAUGUGACUUGCACAUCCCCUACCACUUCGUCAUCGCAAAUAUCGGCCAGAAGCUCUAUCAACUGUACGGUACGGGCGCGAUCGACUUCGAGCGCGACUUUCCUUCCCUCUGGAAGGAGUAUGACGGAAAUCAUGGCGAUGGUGCCUCCCAUCUACCUGGCAUGGAUGAACGCGCAGCCCGACCAGGCAUGGCUCGAUGGGGACGGGAUGGUGGAUGA